AUGCGCCUAUGGGCUCUCCCCGUAGAGCGAAUAGCGAAUGCUCUCUAUCGGCUGCCCCCACCUCCAUCCUGGAGGUCGGUGCUGCCCUUGCUCCACGCCUUCAUCGACUCCAUCCCCUCCAUUGCCCCUCAUCGGGGAGAUGAGAUGACCUACGGUUUCGGCGGACAUACGAUAUUUUCACUUCAGACAACGGAAUGGCCUUACUUAAGCAAACCCGAAACUCCAGCAUGGCAAGAAACCAGGAAUUCCACAAUGAUGAUAACUUCUGGAGUGGAGGGCCUCAACAACGUGUUCUGCGUGGGCACGGAUGCAAUGGAAUCUGCAGUACCCUUUUCUCUACAUGGACUGCUGGAGUCGGACAUCCCUACCAUGCUUCCCACGACCUCAUGUGUGCCGACAAGCGACUUGAAACCAGAUUCAUCCCUUGAUGCUUCUUCACCCUUCACUUACCUUGAGCCCAAUCUGUUCGAGAGCGGAAUGCUGUCUGCGACUAUUUUUGAGAACUCUGCGGAUCACGACGAACCGGAGCUCGCUCUCGGAAUGGUCAAGAUGGCAGACGUGCACAUGACUGAAUCACAGAGUUGUGAUUUUAUGGACUCAUUUAUGUCAGGAACUCUUAUUGACGGUUCGCCAACUUCCGACAAGAGCCCGAUCGGCUCGAUCAUCGAUGUGGACAGUGACUCGCCCUCCCAGACGAGUGAAGCUCUAUCUGUGUCUGAAGGCACCAUGGAGGAAUUCACAACUAUCAACUUCAGUGCACUUCAAGUGGGAAGCGAUACUCCUAAGGAGAAGAAUCUGUCAAAGCUCCCACUUUGGUCGUUCAAAGCAUCAUCUACAGUACCUUCAAUGCCAGAGAUUCCUCAGCGUAAUCCCCUUGGUAUGCAAGCCUCCCAGAAGGAAAAGGCAAAGAAGAAGCUUACACUACAAAUACCUGAAUUUUUGGACAGUGAAGCCAUUUCUACACCGGAGGUCAUUGAGCUGGGUCUGUCUCUUCAGGAGCAGAACGAACUGCAGAUAAAUGCAGUAGCAAGCCCACAGCUCGCGACGAUCACCGUUGCCCCCGGAGGAAAGAGGAGGAGACGGCACGUCGACAGGGCCGAUCCCCGCUACUCGGAGAUGAGACGAAGGAACAACGUCUCGUCCGCCAGGUGCCGCGAGAACCGCCGUCAGAAGCAGCUCCGGCUCGAGACCGCCUUGAAGGAGCAAGAGGAUCGGAGGAAGGACUUGAUGAGGGAGAAGGAGAGCCUGGAAAGACAGCUCCAGUGGUUCCGCCCUUUUGUCGUGAAGUUCAUCGAGGGUUCUGCCAAGGGACCGAUUCAAAUGCAGCCACUAAUUUUCACCAAUGGUGUCGGGCAAUUCUUCAGCAUUACACACCAGGAAGCAUGAAGUAGCUCAAGAACUAUUUUAAUUGACUUUGGAAUUAUGUGAAUUUUCUAUAUAUAUCUUUCCCUUUGUUGAGCUUGGUAGUGAAAAACUUGUGUUUCAGUAAAGUAUUCUGAGUUCGGU